AUGGCUUUACUUAAUCAUAGAAGCACUCCGAAUAAAACUGGUACUAGCCCAUCACAGGCAUUCUUCAACAGAAGAAUUAGAACCUUGCUGCCUAUAGCUAAAAGCCUGUUGAAACCUCAAAAACCUCAGAAAGGAAACAGGUAUCAGAUACCUCAGAAAGAAAACAGGUAUCAGAUACCUCAGAAAGAAAACAGGUAUCAGAUACCUCAGAAAGAAAACAGGUACCAGAUACCUCAGAAAGAAAACAGGUUUCAGAUACCUCAGAAAGAAAACAGGUAUCAGAUACCUCAGAAAGGAAACAGGUAUCAGAUACCUCAGAAAGAAAACAGGUAUCAGAUACCUCAGAAAGAAAACAGGUAUCAGAUACCUCAGAAAGAAAACAGGUACCAGAUACCUCAGAAAGGAAACAGGUAUCAGAUACCUCAGAAAGGAAACAGGUAUCAGAUACCUCAGAAAGGAAACAGGUAUCAGAUACCUCAGAAAGGAAACAGGUAUCAGAUACCUCAGAAAGAAAACAGGUAUCAGAUACCUCAGAAAGGAAACAUGUAUCAGAUACCUCAGAAAGGAAACAGGUAUCAGAUACCUCAGAAAGGAAACAGGUAUCAGAAUACUCAGAAAGAAAACAGGUAUCAAAUACCUCAGAAAGGAAACAGGUAUCAGAUACCUCAGAAAGGAAACAGGUAUCAGAUACCUCAGAAAGGAAACAGGUAUCAGAUACCUCAGAAAGGAAACAGGUAUCAGAAACCUCAGAAAGGAAACAGGUAUCAGAUACCUCAGAAAGGAAACAGGUAUCAGAUACCUCAGAAAGGAAACAGGUAUCAGAUAUCUCAGAAAGGAAACAGGUAUCAGAUACCUCAGAAAGGAAACAGGUAUCAGGUACCUCUGAAAGGAAACAGGUACCAGAUACCUCAGAAAGAAAACAGGUACCAGACACCUCAGAAAGAAAACAGGUACCAGAUACCUCAGAAAGAAAACAUGUAUCAGAUACCUCAGAAAGGAAACAGGUAUCAGAUACCUCAGAAAGAAAACAGGUAUCAGAUACCUCAGAAAGAUAACAGGUAUCAGAUACCUCAGAAAGAAAACAGGUAUCAGAUACCUCAGAAAGGAAACAGGUAUCAGAUACCUCAGAAAGAAAACAGGUAUCAGAUACCUCAGAAAGAAAACAGGUACCAGAUACCUCAGAAAGAAAACAGGUAUCAGAUACCUCAGAAAGAAAACAGGUAUCAGAUACCUCAGAAAGAAAACAGGUAUCAGAAACCUCAGAAAGAAAACAGCCCACACACCGAUGUCACUGUCAUCCACAGAGGCUCUGUUUAUGACACUAGGGAUGUCACGAGCGUCCAACGUUUUGAUUGA